AUGGCUACCGAGCUCCGCCAGCGCACCACCCAGCGGGAUUCUCCCGUCAUUCCCGGCCCCAACCUCGGCGCCGGAGCAGCUGCCAGUAUCCCGGCGAAAGAUGCGCAUCCUUCCGGGAAAGAGAAGCACGGCCGGCUGAUCCAGGUGCUCAGAGGGGCGUCGUUCGGGAUAUACUUCAUAUCGUGCUGCAUAGCCAUCCACAUAACGCAGAUCCUCGGCGCGCCGCUGUACUGGGUCAACCGCGAUCUUUACGAUACCUACAUGACGUUGACGAAACAAUCCUUCGGCCUGCUCGUCACGACCAUGACGCACUGGUGGAGCCCGACCACGAUCAGGAUAAGCGGCGAUGCGUCUGUGGCCGGGCAAAUCAGGAAGACGAGUGACGGCCGGGUCGAGUUCGCCUUCCCGGAAAGGAUGGUCAUGAUUGCGAAUCAUCAGAUUUACACGGACUGGCUCUACCUCUGGUGGGUGGGCUACGCAAACAACCCCCAGAUGCACGGAUAUCUGUACAUCAUCCUGAAGGAGUCGCUCAAGUACCUCCCUGUGAUCGGCCCCGGCAUGAUGUUCUACGGCUUCAUAUUCAUGUCUCGCAAGAUGUCCGUGGACCAGCCGCGGAUGGCCCACCGCCUUGGCAAGCUCAAGACGCAACACACGGCCCCCAGCGGGAAGAAGUUCCUCAACCCCAUGUGGUUGUUGCUGUUCCCGGAAGGAACAAAUGCGUCGCAGAACGGGCGGGACAAGUCGGCCAAGUGGGCGGACAAAGUUGGCAUCAAGGAUACGCAGCACGUCCUGCUCCCGCGGAGCACUGGCAUGUACUUUUGCCUCAGCGAACUGCAGGGCACAGUCGAGUACGUGUACGACUGCACGGUCGCAUACGAGGGCAUUCCUCGCGGCAAGUUCGGCGAGCAGUACUUCUCCCUCUCGAGCACCUACUUCCAGGGCCGUCCGCCAAAGUCGGUCAACCUCUACUGGCGCCGCUUCCGCGUGGCCGACAUCCCGCUCGACGACGCGACCUCCUUUGAGGUGUGGCUACGCGACAGGUGGUACGAGAAGGACGCGCUGCUGGAGCAGUACGUCUCCACCGGCCGGUUCCCGCCCAGCCCCGGCGAGGUCGUGCCCAAGGGCGAGGGGCCAUUCGUCGAGACCGAGGUUCGCACCCAGUUCUGGUGGGAGUGGGUCCAGAUCUUUGUUGUCCUGGGCGUCUUCGGUUUGUUUGCCAACGUGAUCUGCAAGACGUGGGCGAGCGUGUCCCAUGUUGUCUUCUGA